AGUAGCUCUCAUCACGCAAUUAUCAAUUUCUGUUCAGCACUUCUCUUCUAUGUCCUUUGUAUUCUAGUAGAUGCAAAUCAACAAGGUAUCCAGGAAAAUUUGAAUGCAUUCAGGAAAGUGAAAGGAUACUGUCAGUAGAAGUGAUCUAACAACACUAGUGAAGAAUACAUUUCUGCCUACAAAAUGAAGGUUGCCUUCUUGUGCACCACUUUGUUCUCCUGCAUUUUUGUUACCAUGGGUGAUAAGAAGAGAAUGAAUUCUGAUUGGUGCAGAUGGAAAUCAACGUAUGGGGUGCAAUACAAUUCAAAUGAAGAGUCCAGGAAGAGAGCCGUCUGGGAAGCAAAUUAUAAGGAGAUCAACAAGCACAACAAGGACCCUUCCCAAUUAUUUAAAAUGAAGAUGAAUCAAUUUGGAGAUCUUACCAACCUAGAGUAUCAACAGAUUCUUGGGGCUUUAGUUAACAUUACAGUGAGGAAGAAAAGACAGAUUGGUGGGACUGUUUCUGCCACUGAACUGCGGUCAAAAGCCAUGCUACUCAAUGUCACAAGCAUUGACUACAGGACAUUGGGAUAUGUGACUGAAGUGAAGAAUCAGGGCGCUUGUGGGUCCUGUUGGGCAUUCAGCACCACGGGAGCCAUUGAAGGGCAGCUCUUUAAGAAGACAGGCAUGCUGGUGUCGCUGAGUGAGCAGAACCUGGUGGACUGCUCCAAGGACUAUGGAACAUAUGGAUGCAAAGGGGCAUGGAUGGGCAACGCCUACAAGUAUGUGCUGUACAAUGGAGGCAUCGAGUCUGCACUUACUUAUCCUUAUAUAGCAAAGGAUAAUCAGCCUUGUCAUUACAACAGCUCCAGGUCAGCAGCUUCAAUUACAGACUAUAAGUUCCUUCCCAAAGGCAAUGAGCAGGCACUAGCUGACGCACUGGCAACCAUUGGGCCCAUCACAGUGGCAGUUGAUGCAAGUCUUCCCAGCUUUCAGUUCUACAAGUCAGGGAUCUAUAAUGACCCCCGGUGUAGUUCAACUAAACUAAACCAUGCAGUUCUUCUAAUUGGAUAUGGAUCAGAGGCUGGCCAGGACUUCUGGGUUAUCAAAAACAGUUGGAAUACUUCAUGGGGUGAAAACGGCUACAUGAAGAUGGCAAGGAAUAACACCAACUUCUGUGGCAUUGCUGCAUACACCCUGUUUCCUGUAAUGUAAUGUCCACUGAGACUUGGGGAUGUAUCUUUUAAAAAUGUAUGAAAAUGAGCACAUGGCUGGGGCUGACAAGUUUUGCUUUAUUCAUACAUUAACUUCAGAAGUGAGGCAGGAUCCUUGAAUACAUU